AGAUGUGGCUCCAUGCCAAGCCCUUAUGUCUUUAUAUACUGUAAUCAGAUGAGGGGACAGCCCUGAGUGAGCAUCGCACCCACUCUGCGUCUUUCCUGCAGCUCCCCUGGUCUCCAGCAUCCACAGGUCUUCUCCUCUGCACCCCAGGCUCUGAACACAAUGGCCAAGCAGACCCUCAUCCUCAGUCUGUGGCUCCUGGCUGGGAGCCUCUUCACCGAGGCGACCUACUACCGCCACCACCGCUACAUCCCACACUUCUUCCGCUACAGGGAGCCCUCCACCAACACAGAAAACCUCCUUCCCGACGUCGCAAACCCGGCGCCCGAAGUCUCGCAGUCCGGCAACCCUACCUACCCCGAGGUGCCAGAGGUGUUCCACCCGGCGCCCGAAGUUGUCCACACUAUCCCAGAGGCUUUCCACCCGGUGCCCGAAGUCGUGCAUCCGGCACCUGAGACCCAUCACGUGCUGCAGGUCCCCGACAGAAAUCGUGACAGUCGGGUUUUUUACGGGAUCAUGUUUGAUGCUGGGAGCACCGGCACCAGGAUCCACAUCUACAAGUUCAUUCAGAAGGAUCCCGUUGAGCUGCCUGUUCUGGACAAUGAAAUGUUCCAUGCAGUGAAACCUGGAUUGUCUGAAUAUAAGGACAACCCUGAGGAGGGUGGGAACACCAUCCGCCAGCUGCUGAAGAUUGCCAAGAAGACAGUGCCAGAGGAGGAGUGGAGGAGGACGCCAGUGGUCCUGAAGGCCACGGCGGGUCUGCGCCUGCUGCCCCUGGAGAAGGCCAAUGCCCUGCUGAAAGAGGUACAAGAGGUUUUUGAAGAAUCACCUUUCUAUGUGCCAGAGAACAGCGUUACAAUCAUGAAUGGAGCGAAUGAAGGAGUCCUCGCCUGGGUCACAGUGAACUUCCUCACAGGCCAUUUAUAUUCCAACACCAGGAGGACAGUGGGGAUUCUGGAUCUGGGUGGAGGAUCUACUCAAAUCACUUUCCUUCCAAAAUCAAAGAAAACAAUUGAAGUUGCUCCAAGAAGUUUCACAGCCAAAUUCAACCUGUUCAACCAUACAUAUGAACUCUACACACACAGCUACCUUGGAAAUGGACUAGUUGCCGCCCGCCUCGCAACACUUGGAGCACUAGGAGCCGAUGGACUGGAUUGGAAAGUCUUCACUAGUUCCUGCCUCCCGAAAAAAUACAGAGAAGAAGUGAAAUUUGGAGGGGACAGCUAUAAAGUUAGCGGGAUUCCAGGCGGUUAUGCAGGCUAUAAACUGUGCUACUACGAGGUCAUGAGGGUCGUCAAGGGAAAUUUUCACCAACCGUACGAAGUGAAAGGCAGCAGCAUCUUCUAUGCUUUUUCCCACUACUAUGACAGAGCAGUGCAGACCGGCCUUGUCAGCAGUCUAGGUGGUGCGGUUGAAGUAAGAGACUUUAAGAAGAAAGCCAAAGAAGUGUGCAACAAAAUGACCAAAUAUCGUGCCAUCAGCCCUUUCCUCUGCAUGGACAUGACGUAUAUUACUUGCCUGCUAAAGGAGGGCUUUGGCUUCAAGGACAGCACUGUGCUGCAUCUGGCCAAGAAGGUGAACAAUGUGGAGACCAGCUGGGCUCUGGGGGCGACCUUUGACUUCUUCAGGAACUUCAACAUUAACCAAAACUAGCUGCAGUCGCUGCCGCUGGCACUGAGAGGGACAGUCUGUCACUGUGGGGCCUCCUUUCCUCUGACCACCCAACCUCCUCAAUUCUUACUAAAACCUCAUCAUCCUGCAAACACUUAAUGAACUCUUUUUUUUAAGAAAAAAAAAAGAAGAAAUCACUAUAUUUUUAUAAGGUCAGCUUUUUCUACUGUAUAUCGAGCUCAUCGUUGGUGGGUUGACUUUAUUUUUAUAAAACGUUUACAUGUUUCCUAAUGGGUGGCGGACCUGAAAUGUCUUUCUGGCCAACCUGUAAAGGGUAAAGAGGGGAACUUUGGAGGCAGUGAUAGGAGCCAUGGUAUUUUGGUGCUUACUGUGGUCCUGGUGUCCGCUGUGCAGAACAGUGGAAUAAAUUUAGACAAUAGUUGCCGGAGCCGGAACCACAAUUGUCUUUCUAGAUGCUUGUAAAUCUGUUCUCUUUUUAUUCUAGCUGUAAAUCUUUUUUAUAUAUAUACAUAUAUAUAUACAGGGGCCCAGUUAAUUUGCUCUUGCCAUUAGAUAAAUAAGACAUCAUUGGAAACAGAUGACUACCAGACAGCUUCUUUUUCCUCAACAUCGCACAAAACACUUUAACUGCAGUUAUUGUAGCCAAGACAUGAAUAUUUGCUUUGACUUCCUUUACAGAACUGUAUAUAUUUAUCAUUAUUUGGGUUUUUUCUUAAAAAGACAAAUGCUGUAGGAAAAUGCCUCUAACAUUGAGUGAACCAGUAUAGUUUGUUCCACCAAGAGCAGGAGAGAAAAAAGAUGGGCUUUUUUAAAUCUUAUUUUAUUGUGACUUGGGAAGCCACUCAAGGAUCCAGCAGCAUCAUCUGCAGCCAUUUAAUGAUACAUAAACCCAAAUUAUAUAAAACAUGUCUGGAAACUAUGCUUUCUUUACUUUUUGUGAAUUGUACAAAUAUUUAAAUAGUUGAAAGUUUAUUAUUUUUUAUUAUCUGUACUCAACAUGUUACUGCUCUUCCUUCAAUAUUCUGUGUUUUCAUUAUUCAUCAUAUUCAGUUACUACUGCUGUACAUACACAAUGUAAACUUAGUGAAACUGUUUUUCAAUAUUUACAAAAUAAAUUGUCAUGCCGCACAAUUUCCGAGAAAUAUUGUCAGUAUGAAAAGUCUGAUGUCUGAUCAUUUGUACAUUGUUUUUAAUAAAUGUUGUGACAAUAA